UUUUUUUUUUUUUUUAUUUCCAAAAUCGCCGUAUCGAACAUGGUUUUCUUUUCUUAGGAGAAGAAUUUUAGAUUUUUAUUGCCUUAGGGCAGCAGACAUCAUGUAUCAUAAAGAAAAGCAGAGUCACAGCGUUUUUUCCUUUGGUGUGACAAGACUAAUGAGACCGGGAAGAAGGUUCCAUUUUCAUUUUCACUGAGAACUGACCUCAAUGCAGGAAAAAACACUGACGGCCGCAUGUUGUAUCAUUGGCGAUGAAAUUCUGUCUGGAAAAGCCCACGAUGUCAAUUCCCACUACUUGGCAAAGUUCUUAUUCAGUCUAGGCAUUGAGCUGAAGCAUGUUGCUGUUGUUGGCGAUGAUAUGUCCGAUAUUGGGGAUUGCGUGCAACGAUUAUCGCGUCUAUAUGAUUUCGUGUUCACUGGAGGUGGCAUUGGGUCGACGCACGACGAUAUCACCUAUGAUGCUAUUGCUAAAGCGUUCAACUUGCAGUUAAAGUUCGAUCCUGUUACUUACAGGGUUAUCGAAGAAUGGGCAGGCAAACGCGGUGGCAAAACCGAGUUAACUGCUUAUCAUAAGCGAUUGGCUACUUUCCCCUAUCCUGCCCAGUUGUUGCGUACCCAUCGAUCCGGUAUACCGAUCGUCGUUGUGUGUGACAAUAUUUACAUUCUGCCAGGUAUACCUCGACUAUUUGCGACAUUACUCAAUUCGCUCCGGCCGCAUUUUCAUGCGAAGACAAACAAGCAAUUUUACCGUGCAGAAAUUGCGACUCGUCAGCAGGAAACAACCAUCGCCGCUUACCUCGAGCAGGCACAAAGAACUUACGCCAACGUCAAAAUCGGCAGUUAUCCUACCUUUGGUACUGGUGAACACAGUAUGGCCCAGGUGGUUGUAAGUGUCACGGGACAAGACAUGAACACAGUUCAAACCAUUGCAGACAAAAUUCAACGGCAUGUUGACGGAUGGUCACAUGGAACUUCGUGGACACAAAUUAUCCGCGGGCGUCUUUAGAUCUCCGUGUUUGCAAAUCAAUCCUAUAUCGUUGAAAAGGGGCUAUCGAUCUUUUUUUUUCAUUUUUCAACUUUUCAUAUUCGAGUAUGGC